CCGGCACCGGCACCGGCAUCCGCACCCGCACCCGCACUCUCACUCCUCGCACUCCUCGCACCCGGAGCCACCUGCGCCACCUGCGCCACCUGCGCCACCUGCGCCACCAUGAGCUACAGCCUGGACCCCACAGGGGGGCCCUCGUACCGCAGGGCGGCCGAAUCCCGCACCUCCUACAGCCGCCCCUCGGGCGGGUUCCGAGCCCAGUCGUGGUCCAGGAGCAGCCCGAGCUCCGCGCUCUCCGCCUCCUUCCGGAGGAGCUGCCACGCGGCGCCCGCGGCGGCGCGCGCCUACAGCUCCGCGGAGAGCAGCCCGGACUGGAGCGCGCCCCCGCCGCUCGACGGCGAGCUCGCGCGCUCCUCCAGCGAGAAGGAGCAGCUGCAGGGCCUCAACGACCGCUUCGCGGGCUACAUCGAGCGCGUGCGCCAGCUCGAGCAGCAGAACGCGCGCGCCCAGGACGAGAUCGAGGCGCUGCGCGGCCAGCAGGCGUCGCGCUCCCAGCUGGGUGAGCUCUACGAGCAGGAGCUGCGCGAGCUGCGCGCCACCCUGGAGGCGGUGCACCGCGAGAAGGCGCGGGUGCAGCUGGACGCCGAGCACCUGGAGGAGGACGCGGAGCGGCUGAAGGAGCGCCUCGAGGAGGAGGCGCGCAGCCGCGAGGACGCCGAGGCGGCCAUCCGCGCGCUCAAGAAGGACGCGGACGAGUCGAGCCUCGUGCGGCUGGAGCUGGACAAGAGGGCGCGCUCCCUGCAGGAGGAGGUGGACUUCCUGCGCGGCAACCACGAGCAGGAGGUGCAGGAGCUGCUCGCGCAGCUGCAGCAGCCGCACGUGAGCGUGGAGGCGCGCGAGCGGCACAAGACCGACCUGACGGCGGCGCUGCGCGAGAUCCGCGCGCAGCUGGACGGCCACUCUGCGCAGAACCUGGAGCGCGCCGAGCACUGGUUCGCGAGCCGCGUCUCGAAGCUCAACGAGGCGGCCGAGCAGAGCAAGGAUGCGAUCCGGGCGGCGCGCGACGAGAUCGCCGAGUACCGGCGGCAGCUGCAGAGCAAGAGCGUGGAGCUCGAGACGGCGCGCGGCACCAAGGAGUCGCUCGAGAGGCAGCUGAGCGACGUCGGGGAGCGCCACUGCGACGACCUGGCCACCUUCCAGGCUACCGUUCACCAGCUGGACAACGAGCUCAAAAGCACCAAGUGGGAGAUGGCUCGGCACCUGAGGGAGUACCAGGACCUGCUCAAUGUCAAGAUGGCCCUGGACAUCGAGAUCGCCGCCUACAGGAAACUUCUGGAAGGGGAGGAGUCUCGCUUCAGUACCUUCUCUGGGGGCAUCAGCGGCCCCACCUUCCCAUACAAGCAGCCCACUAUGCCCAUCAAGCUCCCUAAGGCCAAGGCUGAGGCCUCCAAGCUGAAGGUGCAGCACAGGUUUGUAGAGGAGAUCAUCGAGGACAAGAAGGAUGACCUUGAUGAGGCCCUGGCUGAGGUGGUGGAUGAGCUGUCUGCUGAGCAGGUAGAGGGAGACCAGGAGGCUGAAGGAGAGGAAGAGAGGACAGAGGAGGAGGAGGUAGUUGUCUCCAGCCAGGCUGCAGUGAGUGCCAGCGCCCCCGAGGAGAAGGAUGCAGAGGAAGAGGGUGAAGAAGACAAGGAAGGAGAGGGAGAGGCCGAGGAAGGAGGUGAGAAGGAAGAGGGUGGAGAAGGUGAAGAGGGAAAGGAAGGAGAAGAAGAAGGAGAAGGAGAACAAGGUGAAGGAGAAGCUGAAGAGGAAGAGGGACAGGAAGAAGGAGAAGAAGCUGAGGAAGAGUCUGUGGUGGAGGAAACUGUCCUGUCAACCAAGGCCACCAAAGAGGAGGUGUCUCCUGACAAAGCAGGGAAAGAGAAGGAGGAAAGUGCUGUAGAGGAGGAGGAGAAGGAGGAGAAGGAAGGAGAGGAGGAAAUGGACAAGAAGAGUGAGGAGAAAGAGGGGUCAGAAGCUGGAAGCGACAAAGAGUCUGAGGAUGCAGAAGGAAAAAAGGAAGAUAAGGAGCAAAGUGAUGAAGGAAAGGAGUUGAAAGAGUUAAAAGAGAAGAAGGAGGAGUUGAAGGAGGAGUUGAAGGAGGAGAAGUCAGAGAAAGAGAAGGAGGAGGACAAGGAGGAGAAGGAGUUGAAGGAAAAGAAGGAGGAGAAGGAGUUGAAGGAGGACAAGGAAAAGAAGGAGGAGAAGGAGGAGGACAAGGAGAAGAAGGAGGACAAGGAGUUGAAGGAGGAGGAGGUAAAGGAGGCUCCCAAGGCAGAGCCACAGAAGGAAGUCAAGAAGAGUGAUUCUGAAGGGGAGGAAGGUAAGAAGAGUGACACUGAGGACGAGGGACGUGAGGGGAAAGUGGUGGACAAGGAAGAUGCAGGGGUGAAUGGUGAGGUGCACAAGGAAACUGACCAUGAGGGCAAACUGACGGACGAGGAGAAGGAUGAUGUGGUGACCAACGGUGUGGAUGAGAGCCCCACUAAGGAGGAUGUCGGCCAAAAGGUGGUGAUCACCAAGACGGUGGAGACCAUCACCACCGGCGAGGACGGCGCCAAGCACGUGACCACAUCGGUCACCGUGACCGAGACCAUGCAGGAGGUCGAGGAGGUGGUGCACGAGCAGCUGGUCACCUCCAAGAAGGUGGAGAAGGUCACCUCGCAGGCUGUGAAGCAGGUCACCGAAACGCAGUGAAGACCAGGCGGAUGCGACUGGGGGCGACUCGAAGUCAUCGCUGAGAUUCGUCUCGACCAAGACGCGAAACUCAAGACGAAACUCGAACGAAGAGACGAGUCUUUCAUGAACGGCAGCGAGGCCACGAGGUGCAACACGCUAACACAGAUGCAUGUUGAGCGAUAGCUUUACACGGACUUUGCAGCAGACGCGGCGGAGACGCCAGGCGGAGAGGAAGUGCAGCGCUUUCAUUUUAUUUGUGCAAUAGC